GUCGCGACGCCAACACUUCUGCCGUCGUAUCCCGCCAUUUAAUUUUCACCUUCGCUAUAAAUUUACUACCCCCAAAAACCAGCCGACUUCUCAAACCAGAAGUAUGCUCGACUGGGAGGAAUUUAGUAAGCACCUUUCACAAAUGAAAUCGCUGUCCGAUGAGCUACUAGAUGGUUGGGCGAUUCUUGGAAAAACGGGUACCGAAAAUGGGGCGUACCUGGCGAAAAAGGUACCUCGCCUCUUCGAGGAAGCGUUGCUUCUAUUCGAGUACAAUGUGGUCUACGAUUUGUCAUACGGCGUACCCAAAUUAUGCUUCAAUGUCUUUAGAACAGAUGGUUCUAUGCUGCAGUUAAACGAAUGCAUACAUGUUCUGGGCUUCGACGGCGAACCGGUCUUAGUUUUAACUCAGAUGGAUCAUCCUGUUCUGCAGAGACCUUUCUUUACUUUGCAUCCCUGUAAAACUUCAGAAUUCAUGGAUUUCUGCUCAAACAGUAAAAAUCCUCUUGUUUCCUGGUUGAGCGCCAUCGGUCCGACAGUCGGAUUAAAUCUGGCGAACGAGUAUAGCCAGUGUACGUAAACAGCAAGUGGCUACUUGAAGGUAAUUCGGACACCUGUCAUCGGGAACAUCUGCUUACGACCUAUCCGAUAAACUCCUUUUGAAAUGCUCACAUUGUAAGAUAUAUUUUCCUACACAAGAGUUGAACCUUUUUUGUUGUUGCAAAAAUACAAGUCCUACCAAAAAUUGCUUAUAUUCGUAUCUCAGUAAUAAUUACACAAAUAUGUAUAUAUAACAUUUGGGUAAUUUGUGUAAUAACAUUUCUUUAGAUACUACUACCAAUGAAAAUUGCUAAACAAACUGCAUAAUUAAUAUAUAUUAACUUGUAUGUAUCUAUGU